UGGCGGCGCAGUCUCGCGGGAUCGCCCGGCCCUCGCUCCCCGGGCCGCUCCGGAGGCAGCUGGAGUUCCGGACGCUUCCCGGAGCCGCCGUCUCAGCUCGCGGCGGCCGGACGUUCGACCGGGCGAGGAGCGGAGGGAGUAAUUGACCCAGAACUCAUUUCAGGAAAAGAGCUUCCUUCAAAAUGGCAAAAUGGCAAAAUGAUGAAAGAGCAAUUUGAACAUUUUCUUUCUGGAUGACAAUCUGAGGAUGAAAAGAGCGAUUAAUCCCAGCCAUGUGGUAAAACCAGGAAUCUGAAGAAAAUGGAAAUGUUGGCAUUUUUGUGGAUAUGUGUCUUUCCACCCUUCAUAAAAGGGCACAGUCUUUUCACCUGUGAACCAAUUACUGUCCCUAGAUGUAUGAAAAUGGCCUACAACAUGACAUUUUUCCCUAAUUUGAUGAGGCAUUAUGACCAGAGUACAGCUGCUGUGAAAAUGGAGCCUUUUCUUCCUCUGGCAAAUUUGGAAUGUUCACCAAACAUCGAAACUUUCCUUUGCAAAGCUUUUGUACCAGCCUGCACAGAACAAAUUAAUGUGGUUCCACCUUGUCGUAACUUUUGUGAGGAAGUAUAUUCUGACUGCAAAAAAUUAAUUGAUACUUUUGGUAUGCGAUGGCCUGAGGAACUUGAAUGUGACAGAUUGCAGUACUGUGAUGAGACCGUUCCUGUAACUUUUGAUCCACAUACACAGUUUCUUGGUCCUCAGAAGAAAACAGAGGAAGUUCAAAGAGACAUUGGAUUUUGGUGUCCCAGGCAUCUGAAGACUUCUGGGGGACAAGGCUAUAAGUUUCUGGGAAUUGACCAGUGCGCACCUCCAUGCCCUAACAUGUAUUUUAAAAGUGAUGAGCUAGAGUUUGCAAAAAGUUUUAUCGGGAUAGUUUCAAUAUUUUGUCUCUGUGCAACUCUGUUCACAUUCCUUACUUUCUUAAUUGAUGUUAAAAGAUUCAGAUACCCAGAAAGACCAAUUAUAUAUUACUCUGUCUGCUACAGCAUCGUGUCCCUGAUGUACUUCAUCGGAUUCUUGUUAGGCGACCGCACAGCCUGCAACAAGGCAGAUGAGAAGCUAGAACUCGGGGACACGGUAGUUCUGGGCUCUCAGAAUAAGGCCUGCACUGUUCUGUUUAUGUUUUUGUAUUUUUUCACGAUGGCCGGCACGGUGUGGUGGGUGAUUCUUACCAUUACGUGGUUCCUCGCGGCAGGACGAAAAUGGAGUUGUGAAGCCAUUGAACAAAAAGCGGUGUGGUUUCAUGCCGUGGCGUGGGGGAUACCGGGCUUUCUGACUGUUAUGCUUCUUGCUAUGAACAAAGUUGAAGGAGACAACAUUAGUGGCGUUUGCUUCGUCGGCCUUUAUGACCUGGAUGCGUCUCGCUACUUUGUGCUCCUGCCACUGUGCCUUUGUGUGUUUGUCGGGCUGUCUCUUCUUCUAGCUGGCAUUAUCUCCUUAAAUCACGUUCGGCAAGUUAUACAACAUGAUGGCCGGAACCAGGAGAAACUAAAGAAAUUUAUGAUUCGAAUUGGAGUCUUUAGUGGCCUGUAUCUUGUGCCCCUCGUGACACUUCUGGGGUGUUACGUCUAUGAGCAAGUGAACAGGAUCACCUGGGAGAUAACUUGGGUCUCCGACCACUGUCGUCAGUACCACAUCCCGUGUCCUUAUCAGGCAAAAACAGAAACUCGACCAGAAUUGGCUUUAUUUAUGAUAAAAUAUCUGAUGACAUUAAUUGUUGGCAUCUCUGCUGUCUUCUGGGUUGGAAGCAAAAAGACGUGCACGGAAUGGGCUGGGUUUUUUAAACGAAAUCGUAAGAGAGAUCCAAUCAGUGAAAGUCGAAGAGUUCUACAGGAGUCAUGUGAGUUCUUCUUAAAGCACAAUUCUAAAGUCAAACACAAAAAGAAGCACUACAAGCCCAGUUCGCAUAAGCUGAAGGUCAUUUCCAAAUCCAUGGGAACCAGCACAGGCGCUACCGCCAAUCACGGCACUUCCUCGGUGGCAAUCACUAACGAUUACUUAGGACAAGAAACUUUGACAGAAAUACCAACCUCCCCAGAAACAUCAGUGAGAGAGGUGAGAGCAGAUGGAGCGAGCACCCCCGGAUCCAGAGAACACGACUGUGGGGAGCCGGCCUCCCCAGCAGCAUCCAGCUCCAAACUCUGUGGGGAACAGGCCGACAGGAAGGGCCGGGCAGGCAACGGGACAGAUAGGAUCAGCGUAUCUGAAAGUACGCGGAGUGAAGGAAGGCUCUCUCCAAAAAGUGACGUCCCCGAGCCUGGCCCAGUACAGAACAGCAGCCCACAGGCCGCAGGUUCCUCCGAGCCGGGCAGCCCACGAGGCUCUGCGUCCCUGCUCGUUCACUCGGCUUCAGGGGGCAGGAAAGUGCAGGGCCCCGGCAGUCACUCGGAUACGUGAGGGGCGGGGUUGCCUGCCCGUUGCUGAGACGUGAGUGUGAGUUCGUGCUACACUGGCGGGGACGGCGUGCUGUCUUCGCGCCAUUACUGUCCCGUUCUUUUGCACUGAGAGCUACACCGUCGCUUGUUACACUGGAAACGGUAGAUUCCGAGUAUAAUAGGAUUCAUUUCGCACAGAGGUUCAUGAUGACCGUAUACCCAGGAAACAGAAGUGUGCAGGUUAAUAAUAUUUUUUUAAGUUGUGUGGGAGGAGGGAGUGAGAGGAAUCUUCCUUUUCUAUUUAUGAAGAUUCUACUCUUGUUAAAAGUAUUUUAAAAUGUACUAUAUGCUCUUUUCACUUUUAUGGUCUAAAAUCAAGAUAUUACUUUGCUAAAGUAUUUAAAACUUAUCUUUGUGUCUUUUUUAUACAUUUGAAAAUAAGUUUCUAUGUAUUUGAACUUUUUUUUUUAGGAAUCCUGGAAAAGCUAUUCAAAUGUUUUUGUCAUGUUAUUCUGAUAUUUUAGCACUACUUUGGUAGCUUUUACACUGAGUUUCUAAGAAAAUUGAAAAAUAGUACGUUUAUAGUAUGAAAAAUAUUUGACACACCAGAAGGUUUUAUAAUGGGAAUUCACCUUUAAAAACCCACUUAUUCCACUUUAUCAUCUUCCUUGUGUGAAUUUUAUAGUCUUAUUGUUUUAGAAAUUUCAUACAUCUAUUAUGCCACUAAAAUGAGGUGCUUAAUGUCCAAUGUUGAUUGUAUUAUGCUGCUCUCUGAUCCUUCUACAUUUUUAAAUGAUAUGUCCUGAAGGAUUAGAUGAAAUGUUAUUACUCUUUUAGAAAUUAAGCCAAGUGCAAUUGAUUUCCUUUUUAAAAAAAAAGUUUUAUGACCACUCAAGAUUGUAUUUUUAUGACCAUUUAUACUUGCUUGUACUUUUUUUUAGUUGCUUGUACUUUUAACUUUUUUUAACGUUUAGAAUACUAAAGCUUGUACAGUACCUUCAUCAGACAUUAUGUAGAAUUCAUUCCUGCACUGAAAUAGGAUUUUCUAAACAUUUAAAAGUGUGCUUAAAAAAAUGUGUUAGCACUAUUAGUGUCAAUCAAAUGGGGGAAAAAAUGUAGUCCUGAUAAAAUGUACUUUAUAUAACAUACUUUAAAAUAUUGAAGAAUUUUCUUAAUUUUAUUUCCAAUUAAGUGUUCUGCCUUGAACAACAUUUUCUGAUGCUUUCGGUUUUUUCCUCUAUUUAGCAUUCUAUUAAGCAUAAAAAGAUUAUCAUGUACUGUAUGGAAAAUGUAAAUAUUAACUUUUCCACAUUUUUUAACUUGGCAUACAAAUUAUAUGAUCUUUCCAGUAAUAAAGUUUUCUCUG